CAGCGCUAGGCAAAUACACUCGCAGGUGGGAAGUGGAAGCGCAUUGUUGACAGGUGGACGGAGAUAUUUGCCCGACACACUGAGGAGAGAUGGAUUUAAAGAAAACGGUGCUGUGCGAGAGCCUGAUUAUUUGGCUGCAGACAUUCAAAACCGCAGCGCCCUGUAAGACUGUGGAGGAUCUGACCUCAGGAGCAGCCAUGUCUCAGGCUCUGCAUCAGAUAGAUCCUUCGUGGUUCAGUGAGAGCUGGCUGGCCCGCAUUAAAGAGGAUGUUGGAGAUAAUGUGAGACUCAAGAUGAACAACCUCAAAAAGAUCCUGCAGAUGAUUGUUGACUAUUAUAAUGAGGUUUUGGCUCAGCAGAUGUCAGAUUUCCCUCUGCCUGAUCUGAUGCGGGUAGUAGAGCAGUCAGAUCAGGUUGAGUUGGGACGCCUCCUGCAGCUCAUCCUCGGCUGUGCAGUCAAAUGCGACAGGAAACAAGAAUAUAUCCAGAUAAUCAUGACCUUGGAGGAAUCUGUACAGCAUGUGGUGAUGACUGCCAUUCAGGAGCUUAUGAGCAGGGAGUCGGUGUCUCAGUUAGGAGCAGAACCUGCUGGAGACACUGAACAGCAAUUAAAGAAAGCCUUAGAGGAUCUGACUGAAGUCAUGGCAGAGAAAGAGGAGCUAGCACAGCGCUGUCAGGAGCUCGACAUGCAGGUGACAGUGCUGCAGGAGGAAAGGAACAGCCUCCUGGCAGAGAAUGACCUCUUGACCGAUCGAUCCAGUCAGCUUGAAACUUUCGAUGACCCCAGUACUCCAUCAGGCCGGAAGCACAGCCAGUUACAGUUCCAGUUGGAGCAGCUUCAGGAGGAGAAUUUCAGACUGGAGGCAGCUAAAGAUGAUUACCGCAUCCACUGUGAAGAGCUGGAGAAACAACUGGUGGAGCUUCAGCAUCGUAAUGACGAACUGACCAGCCUGGCGGAGGAGUCGCGCUCGCUUAAAGAUGAGUUAGACAUAUUAAGGAGCUGCUCUGACCGGGCAGUGAAGCUCGAGGCCUCUGUUGAGACCUACAGAAAGAAGUUGGAAGAUUUAAGUGACCUCAGACGACAAAUGAAAGCUCUGGAAGAGAAGAAUAUGACUUACAUGCACAACACGGUCAGCCUUGAAGAGGAGCUACGCAAGGCCAAUGCUGCAAGAGCUCAGUUAGAGACAUACAAGAGACAGGUUCAGGAGCUUCACAAGAAACUGUCAGAUGAAUCACGAAGGGCUGAUAACCUGGUCUUCGAGAUGAAGAAAUUACAGGAGAAAUAUGACGCCUUAGUGAAGGAGAGAGAGAGGAUCAGUAUUGAACGGGACACUCUCAGAGAGACCAAUGAAGAACUGCGAUGCACACAGGCCCAACAGGACCAAUUACUUCUGGCAGGAAAGUAUCAAACAGGAAGUCCAAGCCAUGACAACCUUGCAGCUGAGAUGUUGCCCAUUGAGUACAGAGAGAAGUUCAUCCGCCUGCAGCAUGAGAACAAGAUGUUGCGUUUGCAGCAGGAGGAGUCGGAGAAACAGCGAAUAACUGAGCUACAGCAGCAACUGGAGGAGGCCCGACGCGGACGCAGCCAACUGGACACUGACAACAGGUUAAACAGAGAAAGGAUCAGUGAACUCCAGCAGCAGGUUGAGGAUCUGCAAAAGGCCUUGCAGACACAGGGAGCCAAACCUGAUGAUUCUCAUUUGAAGAGGAAGCUGGAUGCUCAUAUGGUGCAACUGAAUGAGGCACAGGAUGAAAUCAUGAAGAAGAAAGAGCUGCUGGAAGACCUUCAGCCAGACGCUACUCAAACCAGUGUGAAGAUGGAUGAGCUGAUGGCGGCCUUGAAGAAGAAAGAUGAGGACAUGAGGGCGAUGGAGGAUCGAUACAAGAUGUACCUGGAGAAAGCUCGUGAUGUGAUUCGAGCUCUGGACCCUAAGCUAAACCCAGCCUCAGCGGAGAUUCAGUCCCUGAAAGUGCAGCUCUCUGACAAAGACAAGAAGAUCAUUGCUCUGGAGAGGGAGUGCGAGCAGGCCAAACUGAGGGAAUAUGAGGAGAAGUUAAUUGUGACAGCUUGGUAUAAUAAGAGCUUGAAUUUCCAGAAGAUGGCCAUCGAGUCACGACUCAGCGGGCGAGCCAACUCUCUUGUGCCACCCGGUCAGUCCUUUCUGGCUCAGCAGCGUCAGCUUCCUCUCUCCUCCUCUCCCUCUUCUGCACACUAAAGUGACCUUAAGUACACUUCUGAACAAGGGGACAAGCAUGCCAUGAUGAACAUUAGCAUGUCUCCAUCUGCUCACACACAUGUAUAAUAAUGUACAUACGGUAAGGGUUGAAGAAAGUGACUCAAUCAGCACACUAUCAUGUACAGAAGAAGCUUUUUCACUUUCAGUACUAAACAAACACCUGUAACAGUCUGCAAGCAGGGUCAUCUCUGAACUAGCAUUGAAUGCUAAAGGGAGAGUUCACCCAAAAAUUAACAUUCUGUCAUCGUUUACUGACCCUUCAGGUGGAUCCAAGUUUCUUUCCACAAAAUAAAAGGUGGAAGAGUGUUGUAAACCUGUAGCCAUUGACUUUUUGAUUUCCCACUAUGAAAGUCAUUGGCUUCCAAGUUUCCAGCAUUCUGCAAAGUAUCUUCUUUUGUUUUAAAUGGGGAAAAAAGACUUUCAAACAGGUUUGAAAACACUUAAGGGUGGUUUAAUUGUGACUAAAUUUUCAUUUUUGGAUGAAUUAUUUCUUUAAAGGUCAAUCUUUUUGCCGAACGAUAUGCAUUUAAUGCAUCCUUUAUGGUAGCAUGCAUGCUUUUGCUUAAAAAUGACUUCCAACGAUACACUAUGCAGGCAGAAAUAUAUUUGUAAUCACACAAGUACAAUAUACGGUAUGAAACACUGAAAGCAUCCAGUAUGCAGGCUACAUUUUGCCCUAACCAAUCAAAUCCAUAAAUCAGAGUGAAUAUUUGGUGCUGGACAUCAGAUUUCUUAGUGUCAUCACUUUCUCAAGAAGCAACAUGCAUUUAAACUAUAUUAAUAGACAAGCAUAAUUGAUAAAUGGGGUCAAACACCAAAAAAUGAAAAGUUCGGUGUUUAUUUCCAAGAUAUAAGUAGACUUUAUUCUUCAGGCAAACAGUAAAAGAGCUGAAAACCGGUCAUUGGUGAUGUAUAAAAUGCCACUCAUUUGCUUACAGAUAUUUUAAGAGUAAAACAAAAACAUAGAUAAAACUAAAUGAAUACCUGUGGAUCCUGACGAAAUACUAUAGUCUUAUUAUUCAAAGUGACCAGUCUUUAAAUGGGAAACUGGCUAUUAUUUAAAACAUUACCAUUAAUAAACAAAUUCUUCCUGAAAAGUCAAUCACAUACUGAGAUUACAUACACAAAGAUUCCUUUUUAAACCAUCCAGGAUGAAGUCCAAGUACACUUUGGUGAGCAACAAUGCUUAUAAAUAGUGUUUAGUUUUUUUGCACUGACCAAGUAGAUCCAAGGGGAUUCAUUUUGUUUUGCCUGUAUGUUGUUGUUUUUUUUUACUGUCAAAGUGCCUAGUGGCUUUGACUUGUAUGAUCGACCGUUUCAUCUAAUAUCUAUUUAAAUAUUUUCCUGAAGAAGAAAAGUCUGCGAAUGCACUGAGAAAGAGUAACUAAACAGCACAUUUUCAUUUCCGGGUGAACAGUCCCUUCUAAAUCUUAAUCCAGGUGCUUCAUUCAGGCGGUUUUGGUAUUUUAUAUUCAGUUGACUGUGACAGGACUCUUGCAUGCUCUUUUAACAAGCAGAAGGGCCUUUUUUAUUGACAUUUAAUAUCUUCUGUUUGUGUGAAGAGGACAAAUAUCAGGAUUAAACACCAGCACAGAGUUAUAAAAGGCCAUAGUGAACGGCUUUGAAUGUCUUGUGCGGCACUUCUUUGAAAAACAUACUCAUGUGACCUGUGAAGCAUAGCGCUGCAUUGUGAAAUAGCUUUUGCUGUAUUGUGGAAAUAUGAGCUAUAUGCUAAUAGGCUAGCUGUUGCGUUUUGAAUGAUACACAAUCUGUUUAUGUUGGGACAUACUAUUACAAUUCAGUUUUAAAUGGUAAAAGUUAAUCACUUCUGAUUUGUGUUUCUGGUGUUUUAUUGAGCAAGGCUUUUUAUGGCCUGCGAUGGAUAUAAAUGCCAGUGUCUUUUUGAAAUGCUAAUAUUUAUGUAUGUGUUCCAAGGAAGAACUUCGGUUUGUGUCCUCAAUUUUAUGAGCACCGUCAUUGAUUGUGAGAAAUGAUAAAUAAUGAGAUUGGAUUCAUUUGGUAUUAGAAUAAUAUUUGGGUUAGAGAGCCCUGGCAGCCUUCAUUUACAUGUUAUGAAUAAACAUAAUUGUUUUGCAAAAGA